UAAUUUAACAAAAUGAUUAAUCGCUGCAAUUCCUAUCAAUAUCGAUUCCCCGUAAGAUUGCGCGCGGCUUUUAUUUUGAUUUAACUUGAUGAUGGACAUAUCUGUGAGUGGAACUUCAGCUUCAGCGCAGAAUGUCAGCCAGGGAGGAUCAUCGGCAGAGGGUAUUGCUCCAGUUUUUAUUAAACAAAUUCUGCUAUCACAAGAAGGAAAUUUUAAAAUGUUUGAUAUGGCAUUUGGAAUGAUUACUUCUGUAGCUAUGGUUCGUUCAAUUGAUAUAUCGUCUACUAAAAUCACGUAUACAUUGGAGGACCACUCUGGACAAAUUGAGGCACAUUAUUGGUUGGAAGAAGGCGACUCCCUGAAGUGUCCAGAUGUUAUGCUUAACAAUUAUGUCAGACUUUACGGAAGUGUUCGUACUCAGGGUCAUCAGAAAAUGUUAAUGAUCUUUAAGAUGAUUGCCGUAAUGAACUCGAACGAAAUUUGUACUCAUAUAUUAGAGGUGCUUAAUGCUCGACUAAAAUCAGAAGAAUUUGCUAAAUGCAGUGAUCAAAUGAUAAGUAUAAAUAUUGGAGCAAUUGGUUUCAACCCGAGUGAUGGCGAUGGAAGUAGUUAUCUCGGUCUAGAAGGCAAGCAAUUGGCUGUGCUUCAAGCUGUUAAAAAUAAUAUGACUACGGAGGGUAUCGGUCGAAAAGAGCUACAACUUAAAUUUAAUCAUAUUAGUGCCAAUGAGAUUAACGCCAUAAUUGAGUUUUUAAUAUCGGAAGGACAUAUAUAUUCUAGCUUUGAUGCUGACCAUUUUUUCAAAUCGACACCAGCAAAAAAAAUAAAAAUUGGGUGUAGAGGGGCCCCUUUUGAUUCUGAAGGUGAAGACCCCACCCCGCGCCCUCUUAUAGUAGGGGUCUUCAUGUAAAGUGAUAAAGGGAUA